CUGUCCGAAUUCCAGCCGCCCACCUCACGCAAGCGGCAAGCCCACGGGCGCUCUCUCUCCCCCUGCGCCUCGUCGCCUCUCCAAUCCCUCUCGUCCUCUCGCUUUCUCUCUCCAUCUCGUUUCCCCCGCCUGCGCAGCCAGCGCAAACCCUAGCCAACAAGCGCCGUUCUGCGAGGCUCUCGGCAGCGGAUAACUUAACCUGUCGCGCAAGGAUCGGGGGAGAGAAACCAGCGGCAACUUACGUGGAUCGGGGUUGUUUGGUGCUGCUGCGGCGGCGCAGGGAUGGACCGGAAGCGCAUCAAGGACGCGCUCGAGAAGCACCUGGAGAGGUCGUCGCCGUCUACUUCCAGGGGCGUCGUGUCCAAGGAGAGGGAGCGCCUCGCUGCCGGGAAGCUGCCGUCAUCGCUUGGCAAGGCGGAGGUGUCUGAUGGUGAGGAAUUUGAAACUGACAGUGAAGAUUCUGAUGUGAGUGGUUCCGAGGGAGAGGACACGUCCUGGAUUUCAUGGUUCUGUACAUUGCGAGGCAAUGAAUUCUUUUGUGAGAUCGAUGAUGACUAUAUACAGGAUGAUUUUAACCUGUGUGGUCUGAGUAAUCAGGUGCCAUAUUAUGAUUAUGCACUUGAUCUCAUCUUAGACAUUGAGUCUUCUAAUGAUGACGGGUUUACCGAGGAGCAAAAUGAAUUAAUCGAGUCAUCUGCAGAGAUGCUGUACGGUUUAAUUCAUGCACGAUACAUUUUAACCAGCAAGGGUCUAGCUGCAAUGUUGGAGAAGUUCAAGAACUACGACUUUGGUAGAUGCCCCAGGGUGUACUGCUGUGGCCAGCCCUGCCUUCCAGCAGGGCAAUCAGAUGUUCCUAGAUCGAGCACUGUGAAGAUAUAUUGUCCGAAAUGCGAAGAACUUAACUAUCCAAGAUCCAAGUACCAAGGCAACAUCGAUGGAUCAUACUUUGGGACGACAUUCCCUCAUCUUUUCCUGAUGACUUACUCGCACUUGAAGCCGCAGAAGCCGUCACAGCAAUACACUCCAAGGGUUUUCGGCUUCAAACUUCACAAGCCGUCAUGACAGAGUUGUAGCUUCCGCCAGAAGCACCCCUGUCACCUAGGUUUUAGGGAGAGCAUCGUGGCCUUCAAAUACUGUUGUAUUAUUGAUGUACGAAUUCGCGAGCCUGGGCCUCGCUGUAAACUAUUGUGAAAUUGUAUCUGUUUUCCGAUAUUAUUACUGUUGUGUAACCUUGGUUCUCUCUCA